UCGUAAACAUGUUCUCUAAGGUAUCUGUGUUAGUGGCGUUUGCAGUCGCCGUCGCAGCCCGACCCGAGACUCCUUCCUACUCUCCUCCUGCUCACCCAGCCCCUUCGUACUCGCCUCCCAGUCCAUCCUACAGCGCGCCUACUCACCCAUCUCCUUCCUACAGUGCUCCAACUUACAAUGAUGUUCCAGCCCGGUAUUACAAUCAGUAUGCCGUAAACGACGAAUACUCAGGUAAUAACUAUGGACAUCAAGAGGACCGCGAUGGCUACAAGACUCAGGGAACGUAUUAUGUGCAGCUCCCUGACGGCCGUCUGCAGAAGGUCACCUACUACGUCGAUGGCGAGUCCGGCUACGUGGCAGAGGUUACCUACGAAGGGGAAGCACAGUAUCCAGCUUAUCAGCCCGCUCCAUCACCCUCUUACGCAUAAUUCAGAUGCGUUUGUCUGUAAAUGUAUAAUCAAAAAACAAUAAUUUAUUG